UUUUAAGUAUCCUUUCAAUGGUUAUUUGGUUGAAGUUGUGAAUGAUAAGGUUAUUUGUGACAUUUCAUCUUUGUUAAGUAAUGUUGAUACAUUAGAUAUUUUUGUGUGCCACGAGGUGAAUGAACCAUAUGUUGCAUUGGCUUUAGAAUAUGUCCCCCAAAAUGGUGUUGGUGGGGUAGGUGAGGAAUCUUCAACACCUUUAAAUGAUGUUGUUGAGUAUCUAAUCCCCCCAAACCCUAAUGUUGAGCCUCCAAACACUACAUGUGAGUCUCCAAACCUAACUGCUGAGCCAUCAAACCCUCCUAACCCUUUAGCUGAACCUUCUAACCCUACUACUGAACCUUAUAACCCUACUGCUGAAACUUCUAACCUUACUGCUGAACCUGCUGAACCAUCAACUAAUCCUGAACCUCAUAAUCCCACUGAUGAUCCUACUUGUGAGUCUGAAGUUGAUGAGGAUACAAGUGGAGAGGAUGGAUGCGAAGGGGAUAGUGAAGAUAACAUAGAUAGCAUAGGUGUUGAAGAGGUUUUAGAAGAUAGUGAUGUUCAUGAAGAGUAUAGAGAUUUUAGGGCAAAUAGGAGACAUUUCAACAGGGCAAAUAGGAGAGCUAGAGGUACUACUGUUGGACAGGUUCAUGUCAAUGAAAAAGGACCAGAUUUAGGGUAUGAUGAGACUGUUAUUCAAAAGGAUAAAUUAGAUGGUAAGCUAGGGGGUGAUAAACCUUACUAUACAAGUGAUGAGGCCCCUAGCUUUGAAUUAGAUGAUGAAAUAGGCUGGGCAGAUGAGGAAGAGGUUGAACAAGUAGUGAAUAAACCUCUUAGAAGAAAAAAGACCAAAAACAGAGUUGUAUUUGAUCCUACUUCUGAGAAGAUUAUUUAGGAAUUAGGAUUGGUGUUUGCAGAUGUAAAAGGAUUUAGGAAGACAGUUACUAAAUAUGCAGUUCAAGAAAAAAUCCAGAUUGAAAAAUAUGUGAAUGAGCCUAACAGAGUUAGGGUCAGAUGCUGCAAAGAGGGUUGUCCAUGGUUAUUGUUUGCAAGUUCGGACAGUUCUAGUGCAGAUUUUGUUGUUAGAACAUACAUCCCUAUCCACAAAUGCAUGACUUCCACUCAUAACCAUUUGUGCAAUUCUAGAUAUUUGGCUGAUAGAUACAAAAACAGAGUGACUGAGCAGCCAAAUAUUAGGAUAGUGGAUUUUCAGGAGAUCAUUAGGAAGGAACUAGAUAUCUAUGUUGGAAAGACAACAGUGAGAAGAGCUAGGGAUAGAAUAUUACAAGAGAUUAGGGGUGAUUAUGUUGCUGAGUAUGGUAGAAUAUUUGAUUAUAGAGAUGAGAUAUUAAGAUCUAAUCCAGACAACACUUGUGUUGUUAAAGUUGGAGAAGAUCUUGAAACUGGAAAGAAGAUCUUUGGGGGUUUAUAUUAGGGGUGAUCAUGUUGCUAAGUAUGGUAGAAUAUUUGAUUAUAGAGAUAAGAUAUUAAGAUCUAAUCCAGGCAGCACUUGUGUUGUUAAAGUUGGAGAAGAUCUUGAAACUGGAAAGAAGAUCUUUGAGGGUUUUAUGUGUGCUUUGAUGCUUUAAAGAAAGCAUUCUUUGGAGGUACAAGGAGGUGCAUUGGUCUGGAUGGAUGUUUUCUUAAAGGUGUGUGUAAAGGUCAGCUAUUGGUUGUGCAGUUUGCAAGGAUGGAAACAACCAAAUGCUGCCUAUUGCUUGGGCAGUUGUUGAAUAUGAGAAUCAAUUUACCUGGAGAUGGUUUGUGUCUCUAUUGAAGAAUGACCUUAAACUUGGAGAUGGACAUGAAUUAACACUGAUUAGUGACAUGCAAAAGGGACUGCAAAAUGCAGUAGAUGAUUUACUCCCAGAUGCAGAACAUAGGUGGUGUGCAAGACAUAUUCCUGCUAACUGUUCCAAAAUCCAUAAGGGGAUAAAAAGAAGAAAAUUAUUUUGAAUGAUGGCGAAGUCCACUUUUGAAGUUGAACUGAGGGGUCAUAUUGAUGAAAUGAAGAAAAUGGGCAGAGACUGUUUGGAUGAUCUCAUGUAUUACAACUUAGAUAAAUGGUGCAAAAGGUACUUCAAAGAGCACAACGAGUGUGAUUCAGUGGACAACAACAUGGUUGAGAGUUUUAACAACUGGAUAUUGGCUGCAAGAUACAAAACAAUUAUCACAAUGCUAAAAGAGAUUAGGGUGAAGAUGAUGAAAAAAAUUGGUCAGUUGAGAGAGUUUUCAAAUACAUGGAUUACUGAUAUAUCUCCCAUGUCUCUCAAGACUCUACAAGAAAACAUUAACAAAUCAAUAAAGUGCAGCUUGUCUUGGAAUGGUGAAAGGGGUUUUGAAAUUAAAGAUCCUUGGGGUUGUACACAUUGUGUUGACAUUGUUAGGCAGACCUGUAGUUGUAGAUCUUGGCAGCUGAAGGGCAUACCUUGUUCCCAUGCAGUUGCUGCCCUACACUACAAGAGAUUAGAGCCAAUCCAUUAUGUAGCUAGCUGCUAUAACAAGGAUAUCUAUCUGAGCACAUAUGCUCAUUUUAUUCAGCCAAUGAACAACAUGAAUAUGUGGCCAAUAUCAAAUAAUCUAAGAGUUGAACCACCAGUAAUCAGACAGAUGCCUGAAAGACCAAGCAAAGCUAGAAGGAAGGAGGCUCAUAAAAGCAAGAAAACUGGAAAGCUUAGCAGAAGUGGUGUUGUUAUGACUUGUAGCCUUUGUCAUAACAAAGGCCACAACAAAAGAGGAUGUCCAACAAAAGAUGAUAUCCAACAAACAGCAAGUCAAUCAAAGGCUAGAACAAAUAGGGGAAAGGCAAACAAGAGAAGAAUGGAACAAGAAGCUGAAAGUUGUGGAAGAGCAAAUAUGAGAAGGAUGGAAAAUGAAACUGAGACAACUAGUCAAACUGCUCAUACAGCUAGUCAAUCACAGGUAAGUGUAUCAAAUUGUUCUUACAUGACCUUGAAUAUAAUCUAAUAUUUUGUAUUACAAUAACCAGGUUAGAUCAAAUAGGGGGAAGACAAACAAGGAGAGGAUGGAAAAUGAAACUGAAAGUAGUGAAAGGGGUGGUGGAAAUGGCACUAGAAGACGGAUACAAUAGCAAAAUCAAGAGACUGAAGGCACAAGUAGUGGACAUGCAAAAAGACUUUAUAAAAGGCCAAGGAUGGUGGGGGUUGGAGUAUUGGUUGAUGAUGAUGAUGGUUGUACUACUCUUAAUCCUGGGAUGCCAAACAGAAGGGUCAAUGACACUGGUAGAAGAGCUCCUAUGAGAUCUGAUGUGGUUACUGGAGAUAUUGGUUACACACCACGCAAAGGAUUCAUAUGGAGGGGCAAACAAACCAUUACCAGCAAUCGACUUGACCAAAUGAGGGGUGAGAAAAUAAUCCAAACAAGGUCUAAAGUUGCUGCUAACAAUUAGAAGUCCAAAGUUGCUGCUAACAAUCAGAGUCAAUGCAGUACAUCUAGAAAGGCCCCUGUGCCAUGGAAAUAGUUGGUCUGCAGUUGGAUUUUUGGUGUUGCUGCUGCUGCUAU